GCCUCCUCUGUUUUUUCCUACUUUUAAAAAGAAAACAUAGUUUAAGAAGAAAGCUAUUGGCAAUUAAUCUUACGUGAACCUGUGUGAAUACUUGAAAAAGUUUACAAUGUUCCAUUGUAUUUUCGAGGCAGAGUUUGCUUAACUUGGCUCUGGCGAUGCCAAUGAGAGGAUGAACAAUGGAAUAUUCAAAUCCUUCUUCUCGUCACGUGCCUUCUGCACUUCGCUCAUCUCACCCCAUCGACCAUUUCCUCAAAACCAUGACUUUGCUUCUUCCUCUACUUUGUUAUCCAGUGCUCUGCAGCAUUACAUUAAUUCCGAGACUCCUACCCACGGCCAAAAGAUCCACUCCCGCAUUCUGAAAUCUGGAUUUGUUCUAAACACCAAUAUUUCUAUCAAACUACUUAUUUUAUACCUAAAAUGUAACUAUUUGAGAUAUGCACGCCAAGUGUUUGAUGAUUUGCGGGAUAGAACUUUAUCUGCUUACAAUUAUAUGAUUAGUGGCUAUAUCAAACAAUGUCAGGUUGAAGAGUCUCUUGGUUUGGUGCGUAGGCUUUUAGUGUCUGGUGAGAAGCCUGAUGGGUUUACUUUUUCUAUGAUUUUAAAGGCGUCUACUUCUGGGUGUAAUGUUGCGUUGCUUGGUGAUCUGGGUAGAAUAGUGCAUACCCAGAUCCUCAAAUCUGAUGUUGAGAGAGAUGAAAUUCUUUGUACUGCACUGAUUGACUCUUAUGUUAAGAAAGGGAGGAUUGCUUAUGCUAGGACUGUAUUUGAUGUGAUGUCAGAGAAGAACGUGGUAUGCUCAACAUCCCUCAUCUCUGGUUACAUGAAUCAAGGGUCUUUUGAAGAUGCUGAACGUAUAUUUAACAAAACUUUGGACAGGGAUGUGGUAGUAUUUAAUGCGAUGAUAGAAGGUUACAGCAAGACAUCCGAACAUGCGGGGAGAUCUGUUGAAGUUUAUAUUGAUAUGCAACGGUUGAAAUUUAGGCCAAAUGUUUCUACAUUUGCUAGUGUAAUUGGUGCCUGUUCCAUGCUUGUGGCAUUCGAAAUUGGGCAACAAGUACAAAGUCAGCUCAUGAAGACUCCACUUUAUGCUGACAUUAAACUGGGAAGUGCCCUUAUAGACAUGUAUUCAAAAUGUGGAAGAGUCUCAGAUGCUCUAAGAGUUUUUUACCACAUGCGUGUGAAGAACGUGUUUUCUUGGACAUCUAUGAUUGAUGGAUACGGGAAGAAUGGAUUCCCUGAUGAAGCACUUGAGCUAUUUGGAAAGAUGCAAGAAGAAUAUGGCAUCGUACCCAAUAAUGUGACAUGCCUUAGUGCUCUCUCAGCUUGUGCACAUGCUGGACUUGUGGACAAGGGUUGGGAGAUCUUUCACAGGAUGGAAAAUGAAUACCUGGUAAAGCCAGGGAUGGAGCAUCAUGCGUGCAUGGUUGAUUUGUUAGGCCGAGCAGGAAGGUUGAAUCAGGCUUGGGAAUUUGUGAUGAGGAUGCCCGAGAGACCGAAUUCGGAUGUGUGGUCUGCUCUACUUAGUUCUUGCAGACUCCAUGGUAAUAUAGAGAUGGCAAAAUUAGCUGCAAAUGAACUUUUUAAGUUGAAUGCUACUGGAAGACCAGGGGCCUAUGUUGCACUGUCUAAUACUUUGGCAGAUGCUGGCAAAUGGGAAAGUGUAACUGAGCUUAGAGAAAUAAUGAAGGAGAGAGGAAUAUCCAAGGACACUGGCCGAAGUUGGGUUGGAGCUGAUAAUGUCUUUUAGUUCAUAUAAAAGGAGCAAAGAUGCACUACGACAUUUUUCUGUUAAACGAGAUUAUCCCUCUUGAUUGCUUCUCGUAUCCUCAUGUUUCUUCUUGUGCUUCUGACAAUAAUGCAAAGCAUUUAAAGAAAAAUAAAUAAAUACAUAAAACAAUGUGUUUGAUGAA